GAACUGAGCGGAGGUGAAGAAGAGGAGGAUGAAGCUGGGAGCGGAGGAUGGGAGGAAGAGUGGAGUAAGAGACAGGCUAGCUGUGUGUGAAUGAGUGAGUGAGUGAGGAAGAGGAGAGGAAGGUCGUCCGAGGGACCGAAAACAAAGACUUGUAUUUUUGGGGAUAACCUCCUGAGCAUUGCUAACGGAAACUUUCAACUUUUUACCCGCCACAGCUCGGAUUGUUGUGCCCCGAGCCGGCUUUGUUUCGCGGCGGGGGUGUCUACGAUAAAUGAAGGAAUAAAAUAGAUCCCCAUCGACCUUUUCUAAGCGGGGAAUACCCUGGGACUGCUUUUGAUAAAGGUUACGAGAGAAUGGCGGCCAACAUGUAUCGAGUGGGAGAUUACGUGUACUUUGAGAACUCCUCCAGUAACCCUUACCUGAUUCGAAGAAUAGAAGAGCUCAACAAGACAGCCAAUGGGAAUGUGGAAGCGAAGGUGGUGUGUCUGUUCAGGAGGCGAGACAUCUCAGGCAACCUCAACACUCUGGCUGACAGCAAUGCAAGAGAAUUUGAGGAGGAGUCGAAGCAGCCGACACUGUCUGAACAACAGAAACACCAGCUCAAACACAGAGAACUCUUCUUGUCUCGACAAUUUGAAUCUCUACCUGCUACUCACAUACGGGGGAAAUGUAACGUCACUCUCCUCAAUGAAACCGACGUUUUGACUGGAUACCUGGAGAAAGAAGACUGUUUCUUCUACUCGUUGGUGUUCGACCCUGUUCAGAAGACCCUCCUGGCAGACCAGGGCGAGAUCCGAGUCGGCUCUAAGUACCAGGCUGAAAUUCCUGACAAGCUAGCAGAGGGUGAAUCAGACAACCGGGUCCAGGAAAAGCUGGAGACCAAGGUGUGGGACCCCAACAACCAACUCAAAGACCCUCAGAUUGACCAGUUCUUGGUGGUGGCAAGAGCUGUGGGGACGUUUGCUCGGGCCCUGGACUGCAGCAGCUCCAUCCGCCAGCCCAGCCUCCACAUGAGUGCAGCUGCAGCCUCCAGAGACAUCACACUGUUCCAUGCUAUGGACACAUUGCAGAAGAACAACUAUGACCUGGCCAAGGCCAUGUCCACCCUAGUUCCUCAGGGGGGUCCGGUGCUGUGCCGUGAUGAGAUGGAGGAGUGGAGUGCCUCUGAGGCCAUGCUGUUUGAAGAGGCUCUGGAAAAAUACGGCAAAGACUUUAAUGAUAUCCGCCAGGAUUUUCUGCCGUGGAAGUCACUAGCCAGCGUGGUCCAGUUCUACUACAUGUGGAAGACCACCGACCGCUACAUCCAACAGAAACGACUAAAGGCAGCAGAGGCAGAUAGCAAGCUGAAGCAGGUGUACAUCCCCACCUACACCAAACCCAACCCCAAUCAGAUUAUGGUGCCAGGCAGCAAGCCUGGAAUGAAUGGGGCAUCAGGCUUUCAGAAAGGACUCAGCUGUGAGAGCUGCCAUACGGCCCAGUCUCCACAGUGGUAUGCCUGGGGACCCCCAAACAUGCAAUGCCGACUGUGCGCCUCCUGCUGGAUCUACUGGAAGAAGUACGGAGGUCUGAAGACCCCCACACAGCUAGAGGGUGCUGCUAGAGCUGGCUCUGAACCAGGCCCCCGCAGUCACAUGACCCGUCAGGAGGUCCAGGGCAUGUCACCGUUCACCCGCAAUGAGGGUCGAGCCAAACUGCUGGCCAAGAACCGCCAGACCUUCAUUCUGCAGACCACCAAGCUGACCCGCAUUGCCCGGCGGGUGUGUGAGGAUAUCCUGCAGCCGCGGCGUGCAGCACGACGGCCCUACGCCUCAAUCAAUGCCAACGCUGUCAAGGCUGAAUGUAUGAUCAGGCUGCCCAAAGCCACAAAAACUCCUCUAAAGAGCAAGCUGGUGCCUCGACAGUCACUGGCCGCCAUAGUGAAGGAUUUAGCCAUUUCAGCUCCUCUGAAACUGAAGGCAUCCAGAGGACCUCCAACACCUAUCAACAGGAACCAGGCCAGCCAGCCUCGAGUGGGCCAAAGCCUGCUGGGAAAGCGAGGCUUCGAUAGUACUACAGGUGUGCCAUACCCAACCAAUGGUAGGCCAUAUACUUCAGGUAUGAGGACCACCUCCCAGUCGGUCAUCAAGAGGCAGAAAGUCAGCCAGGGUGAAGCUCCCAACCCUGUAGUGUUUGUUGCUACAAAGGACACCAGAGCCCUGAGGAAACAUCUGACCCAAUCAGAGAUGCGCCGGGCGGCAAGGAAACCUCACCUCCUGGUCCGGAUCAAGCUGCCACCACCACCCCGCUCCCUGGCCAUGCCCCUCCUGCCCUCCAGCACCAGCGAACCCAUCGUCCUGGAGGACUGAAGAGGAGAGACGGGGGUCUUUUAACAGGACACGGGGUAGGGGUGGGAGCUGGGGAGGGUCUGUGCUCAGGCCAUCACUUACAGGCUGUACGCCAUACAGUAGUGUUUUAUUUUUCUUGUUUUCAGUGUCAUCUUUCUUUAGUCUUCUGUUACUACCCAAAAGUUGAUGUGUCUGUCUCUCUUUCACACACACGUGCACACACACACACACACACACACACACACACACACACACACACACACACACACACACACACACACACACACACACACACACACACACUCACAAACAAGCACACUUUCAUGCAAACACACAUCAACACACUGAUACUCGGACAACACCUUGGGCUUUGUAAUGUUUUACUCCAGUUACUUUACUCCCCUUUUAAUGCCACCUGUUUUUAAAUGUGUAAUUUAAGUCAAGAUAUUUCAUCCUGAAACAAUGGUGAUAAAGCACACUUUGUUUUUAUUCCAUGUCUCUAUCUUUGUGUAAAUAUAUGCAUCAUUGGAAGGGUAACACCCAUAAAAGGCCGUGCGGGACAACUGUAGCAGGCUGAAUGAUCUGAUUUGAAGAUUUCAUUCUACAACCCUCAACUCUAUUCCAGUGGUGCGAAGUCUGUCAGCUACUAAUUGUUGCUAGUGGACUGGGGGCAGGGUGAUUUGUCAAGCUGAGGAGGCAUGUUUGCAGAGCUGCCCUUGGUCAGUUUGAUCCAUCUUCUGCCAUUUUGGUUUUCUCUGAGACUACAUCACUCACCAGGAGCAGACCUGUUCCAGCAUUAAUACAUCAUAUAAUACAUAUGGUAGCCUAGCCAAAAUAUUCAGUGAGCACAAAGCAGCUUGAGCAGUGUGAAGGUUUAUUGUUAAUUGUAUUCAGUUUUUUAUCUGGCAAGGGAUUGAUUCCAUUUAAACAAGCAGCUGGGCAUCCAAUCAGAAUGCAUCACUAUGUAAAAAGCUUAAACUGAGAUAAAUAUUAUUCAAACCGCCACAUAUGUUUUCAACCUUUCAGGUAGUAACUAUUAUGAAAUAUUCAGAAUUUACCUGAACAAGAAGAAAACAGAAAAUGCAACAAUUUGAAAAUGAGUGCACACAAAAUAUAUCCUUAAUGUUUUUAGAGCCUAAAAUAAAUCCUAACUCGAUGACCUACUAAUCUUGAUUCAAUUGCCAAGAUUUGUUUUGUGCUCACGGCAUAGUUUGGAGACAAACAGGCUUCCGUACAUCCCUGCCAUCUAGAGGUGGAACAGUACACCUGACAGGGGUUACUCUUGGAGUCGAGCCCUAUGUAAUGUUUCCUUUGCUGUGUGUUGACGGGCACUUUCAGCCAGUUUGAAGAGAGAAUAGUCCGGUUUCCUUUCUCUUGACCACACCCUGCAAUGUUAGAACAGGGAGUCUGGAAGCUGGGGCUCCUAACAUGAUUGGGGAUAAUCGUGGAUUUGCACCAGUUGCUGUGUGACCUGCCAUGAUGAGAAGACACAUUUGUUUUUGAGGUACUUGUUUAGUUUCUGCAAAAUUUAGCUAUAAUGUGCAAAAAACAAAAAAAAAGAAAUAGAAAGGCGGAUGUUGAUAAACUUUGAACCCUGAAGUACUGUUCUGUUAAAGCCACAGCAAUUCUGACAAUGUAUCAUUUGGCUGGAAUGCAAUUGACAGUUAAUUUACUGCUCAGUUGAUUUAAGUCUGUUAAAAAAAGCAGCAAUAUGUAAAUGUAUGGAGGAGAAUUAGGGCCAAACAUUUUGCUCCAAACUUCUUGUCUAAAAAUGUGAAAACUUUUUCUUAAUUUUCAUCCUGAGCGUGGCCGUAAUCCUCUUCUGUUAGCAUUUGAUGAAGCAGAGCAGAAGUAAUGUUUUGAUUGUGAUUGGGUAUGACAACGACGUGAAAGGAAUCUUCUGCUGUCUCAGCUUGUUCUUUCAUUUGCUUUGUUUAUUUUAGUCCCCCCCAUUUGUACCGUUAUCAAAGGGUGAGUACUAAAAAUAAGUUGUUAAUUGGAUAAUUAUAAUUCCUGUGAAUCUCCACAGCAGCGAGGGGUUACACUGGUUUUAUAAGCAAGUUCGGUCCCAAUGUGGGCUUUGUAAUAUUUCUCAAAAAAACACAAAGAAAUUGAAGUGUUGAGUUUGUAGCAAAUACUAAUGUGUGUAAAGAAAAGUCGAAAAGUGGCAUAUUGGAAACUUUUUUUUUUACAUCUAAAGUGUAAUUUUGCUCCAUUAUUGUGGAGAUUGGUCUAAUAUGCUACUGUACAUGUGUAACAUCUCUCCUUCAUAGGGUGGGUGGGCUGGUCAUUUCAACCAGGGGAGACAUUCAAAAGGGACAGGGUGCUGAUUUUUGUAUGAUGGAGAGACGAACAUGAUACAAUUGAAACUUUUUCUCAAGUGUUUUUUAUUCCAAUGUCUCUGUAUCCUUUAAUGUAUCUUGAUAAGAAAAGAAAUAAAGAUUUUUUUUCUUUGUGGUCAGA